AAUUGUAUUAUAAAUUCAAUAUGACAAACUUACUAUUAUGGAAUGCUAGGGGAAUAUCAAACAAGAGAGCAGAAAUAGAACAACAUAUUAAUAAUUUUGAUGUCAGUAUUAUAACCGAAACCAAAAUAAGCUGUAACAAAGACAUAUACUUCUCUGGGUACAAGGUAGUUAAGAGUUUAAAUCGGGAAAAUUCUGGAGGCAUCGCUAUUAUUAUUAAAAAAGAUAUAGAUUUCGAUACCAUAGAGCCAUGGAUUUUAAAAUCCAAUAAUAUCGAAGCUAUAGGAAUAAGAGUCAAAAAUACCUCGAUUAAAUUUAACUUAAUAGCAGUUUACAGAAAACCGUACGACAUAGAGCCAAAAUCAGCUUGGGAUGAUAUUCUCAAAUUUAGAGGCCAUGAGGCAAAUUCCAUUAUAGCAGGUGAUUUCAAUGCAUACCAUAGUGGCUGGAACUGUAGCAACAUUGAUAGAAAUGAUUAUCAACAAAAUGAGGAUUCGUGGGAAUCCGACCAUUACCCUAUAAAAAUUAACAUAGAUAUAUAUACAUAA